CGUGUUUUUAAUAGGCUUAGAGAAAUAUGAGUAGAGUACAUGAAAGCAGCUCAGCUUCACACUUCAUCUGGGAAUGCCCAAAAAGCUUACUGCUGUUUAGAAUUCUUGCUACAGUCAGGAGAAAGCCGAAAGCUGCACGGGUACUGAAUCUUCUACGACUGAAUUAGAAGAAUAAUGACUGUACAAUUAACUAUCAGCCUCUGCUCAUUUAAGCACAGUUUUUACAGAGAUCAGGAGAAAUAUGGAACUUGAUUGGCAUGUUUUUAUUUGAUGGUGACUGCAAAUAGAUGACUAUAAAGACAGGUGGUAAGGAAAAAUAAGAGAAGGAAAAAAAGAAAGAAAAUGCAAUUUGAGACAUUGCGCCAGGUCUGCAAUUCUGUUUUAUCUCAUUUUCAUGGGGUUUUUUCAUCCCCACCAAAUAUUUUACAGAAUGAGAUUUUUGGACAAACGCUGAACAAUGCAAGGAAAAGAAGUCCAUCAGUGUCCAGAGAUCAGAAUAGAAGAUACGACCAAAGGGAAGAAAGAGAGGAAUAUUCACAGUAUGCUCCUUCAGAUAGCGCAAUGCCUAGAUCUCCAUCAGAUUAUGCUGAUAGGCAAUGUCAAUUUUAUGAAGAAUCUGAUCAUGUAAGUUAUAGGGACUCCAACAGGAGAAGUCAUAGGCGUUCCAAAGAGUAUAUUGUAGAUGAUGAGGAGGAUGUGGAGGGCAGAGAUGAAUAUGAAAGACAAAGGAGAGAGGAGGAGUACCAGGCACGCUACCAAAGUGAUCCAAAUUUGGCCCGUUAUCCAGUAAAGCCCCAGCCCUAUGAAGAACAAAUGCGUAUCCAUGCUGAAGUGUCCCGAGCACGGCAUGAGAGAAGACAUAGUGAUGUUUCUUUGGCAAAUGCUGAAUUGGAAGAGUCCAGGAUUUCUACGCUAAGGAUGGAACGACCAUCAAGGCAAAGAUCUAUAUCUGAACGGACAGCUGCCAUGGAAAAUCAGCGAUCUUAUUCAAUGGAAAGAACUCGAGAGGCUCAGGGACCAGGUUCUUACCCACAAAGGACCACAAACCAUAGUCCUCCUACCCCCCGGAGGAGUCCAAUACCCAUUGAUAGACCAGAUAUGAGGCGUACUGACUCAUUAAGGAAACAACACCACUUAGAUCCCAGCUCUGCUGUUCGGAAAACAAAACGGGAAAAAAUGGAAACAAUGUUAAGGAAUGAUUCUCUCAGUUCAGACCAGUCAGAGUCAGUAAGACCUCCACCACCAAAGCCUCAUAAAUCAAAGAAAGGAGGUAAAAUGCGCCAGGUUUCAUUGAGCAGUUCAGAGGAGGAAUUAGCUUCCACGCCUGAAUAUACAAGCUGUGAUGAUGUUGAGAUCGAAAGUGAGAGUGUAAGCGAAAAAGGAGACAUGGAUUACAACUGGUUGGACCAUGCGUCUUGGCAUAGCAGUGAGGCAUCCCCAAUGUCUUUGCAUCCUGUGACCUGGCAGCCAUCUAAAGAUGGAGAUUGUUUAAUUGGUCGCAUUUUAUUAAAUAAACGUCUAAAAGAUGGAAGUGUACCUCGAGAUUCAGGAGCAAUGCUUGGCUUAAAGGUUGUAGGAGGAAAGAUGACUGAAUCAGGUCGGCUUUGUGCAUUUAUUACCAAAGUAAAAAAAGGAAGUUUAGCUGAUACUGUAGGUCAUCUUAGACCAGGUGAUGAAGUGUUAGAAUGGAAUGGAAGGCUAUUGCAAGGAGCCACAUUUGAAGACGUAUACAACAUCAUUCUGGAAUCCAAACCUGAACCACAAGUGGAGCUUGUUGUUUCAAGGCCUAUUGGAGAUAUACCAAGAAUCCCUGAUAGCACACAUGCACAACUGGAAUCCAGUUCUAGCUCAUUUGAAUCUCAAAAAAUGGAUCGUCCUUCUAUUUCCGUUACCUCUCCCAUGAGUCCUGGCAUGUUGAGGGAUGUUCCACAGUUCUUAUCUGGACAACUUUCAAUAAAACUGUGGUUUGACAAGGUUGGUCACCAAUUGAUAGUUACAAUUUUGGGAGCAAAGGAUCUUCUUUCCAGGGAAGAUGGGAGGCCGAGGAAUCCUUACGUUAAAAUUUACUUUCUUCCAGACAGAAGCGAUAAAAACAAGAGAAGAACUAAAACAGUAAAGAAAACAUUGGAACCCAAAUGGAACCAAACGUUCAUUUAUUCUCCAGUCCACCGAAGAGAAUUUCGAGAACGAAUGCUAGAGAUUACCCUUUGGGAUCAAGCUCGAGUUCGAGAGGAAGAAAGUGAAUUCCUAGGAGAGAUUUUAAUUGAAUUAGAGACAGCAUUAUUAGAUGAUGAGCCACACUGGUACAAACUUCAGACCCAUGAUGUCUCUUCAUUGCCACUUCCCCACCCUUCUCCAUAUAUGCCACGAAGACAACUUCAUGGAGAGAGCCCAAUACGAAGGUUGCAAAGGUCAAAAAGAAUAAGCGAUAGUGAAGUCUCUGACUAUGACUGUGAUGAUGGAAUUGGUGUGGUAUCAGACUAUCGACACAAUGGUCGAGAUCUUCAGAGCUCAACAUUAUCAGUGCCGGAACAAGUAAUGUCAUCAAACCAUUGUUCACCAUCAGGGUCUCCCCACCGAGUAGAUGUAAUAGGAAGAACUAGAUCAUGGUCACCCAGUGUCCCUCCUCCACAAAGUCGGAAUGUGGAACAGGGACUUCGAGGGACACGCUCUUCUACCGGACAUUAUAAUACAAUUAGCCGAAUGGAUAGACAUCGUGUCGUGGAUGAGCAUUAUUCUCCAGAGAGAGACAGUCAUUUUCUUACUCUACCUCGCUCCAGAUACAGGCAGACCAUUGAGCAUCAUCACAGGGAUGGCAGGGAUUGUGAAGCAGCAGAUAGACAGCCAUAUCACAGAUCCAGAUCAACAGAACAACGGCCUCUCCUAGAGCGGACCACCACCCGCUCCAGAUCCACUGAACGUCCUGAUACAAACCUCAUGAGGUCGAUGCCUUCAUUAAUGACUGGAAGAUCUGCCCCUCCUUCACCUGCCUUAUCGAGGUCUCAUCCUCGUACUGGGUCUGUCCAAACAAGCCCAUCAAGUACUCCAGUAGCAGGACGAAGGGGCCGACAGCUUCCACAGCUUCCACCAAAGGGAACAUUGGAGAGAAACAAUGGAGUCAAGGAGAUAGAAUCUUAUGAAGAAGUGGACUCCCCAAGGAGAAGAUAUUCAGGUGCUAUGGAUAUAGAGGAGAGAAAUCGCCAGAUGAAAAUUAACAAAUACAAACAGGUAGCCGGAUCAGAUCCCAGACUGGAACAAGAUUACCAUUUGAAGUAUCGAUCAGGAUGGGAUCCUCAUAGAGGGGCAGAUAAUAUUUCCACUAAAUCUUCGGACAGUGACGUAAGUGAUAUAUCUGCGGUUUCAAGGACUAGUAGUGCUUCUCGUUUCAGCAGCACAAGCUACAUGUCUGUCCAGUCAGAACGGCCAAGAGGAAACAAGAAAAUCAGUGUCUUUACAUCCAAAAUGCAAAGCAGACAAAUGGGCAUCUCAGGGAAGAACAUGACUAAAAGCACCAGCAUCAGUGGAGACAUGUGCUCACUAGAGAAGAACGAUGGCAGCCAGUCUGACACUGCGGUGGGCGCCUUGGGCACUGGCAGCAAAAAGCGGCGCUCUAGCAUUGGGGCCAAAAUGGUAGCUAUUGUUGGUCUCUCACGGAAAAGUCGCAGCGCUUCUCAACUCAGCCAAACGGAAGCAGGAGGUAAAAAGCUACGAAGCACUGUUCAGAGAAGUACAGAGACAGGUCUGGCAGUGGAAAUGAGGAACUGGAUGACUCGACAGGCAAGCCGAGAGUCUACAGAUGGCAGCAUGAACAGCUAUAGCUCGGAAGGAAAUCUGAUUUUCCCUGGUGUCCGCUUGGCCUCUGAUAGCCAAUUCAGUGAUUUUUUGGAUGGCCUCGGUCCUGCCCAGCUAGUGGGGCGCCAGACUCUGGCUACACCUGCAAUGGGUGACAUUCAAGUAGGAAUGAUGGACAAAAAAGGACAGCUAGAGGUGGAAAUCAUUCGGGCCCGUGGCCUUGUUGUCAAACCAGGUUCCAAGACACUGCCAGCACCAUAUGUAAAGGUGUAUCUAUUAGAUAAUGGAGUCUGCAUAGCCAAAAAGAAAACAAAAGUGGCAAGAAAAACGCUGGAACCCCUUUACCAGCAGCUAUUAUCAUUUGAAGAAAGCCCCCAAGGAAAGGUUUUACAGAUCAUUGUCUGGGGAGAUUAUGGCCGCAUGGAUCACAAGUCCUUUAUGGGAGUGGCCCAGAUACUUUUAGAUGAACUGGAACUAUCCAAUAUGGUGAUUGGAUGGUUCAAACUUUUCCCCCCUUCUUCGCUAGUAGAUCCAACCUUGGCGCCUCUAACGAGAAGAGCUUCCCAAUCAUCUCUGGAAAGUUCAACCGGACCUUCUUAUUCUCGUUCAUAGCAGCUGUAAAACUGUUGUCAUAGCAACCAGCGUUACAAAAAAAAAAAACACAAAACCACCCACAGGUCGCAAACCCUGGUAACAUUGCAUGCUUACUGUUGUGUCUUCUGAGCCUGUUUCUAGGGAUACAAAGCGAUCCUGUGUUCCCAGAGGAAGUUGCACACAUUGUGCCCUAAUGAAGGCCCUCAGGUGAAAGAGCAGAGCGAUGAAGAACUAAUGGGUUUGGAGUUCAGUGACACUUGAGUUGUGGUCCAAUCUGAAGCCAUGGAUUAAUUAAAGAAUCAGUCAGUUUCAUGCAACAAUUGCCCUUUUCAAUGGCACCUUUAUAUUUUUACCGUUCCUUUUUCUUCGUUUCUCUGACCCCAAAGCCCUGUUAUGCCACAGAAAUGGAGCUGUACAGCCAUGAAGCCAUGUUACAAGUCAAGGAAUGAAGUUCUAGGAAGCAUCAGGUGAAAAGCAAGAGACCAAAGAAGUGGUCCAGAACAAAACAUCAGACCUCCUCUGGACAGGGACGAGAAGCAGUCCAGCGUGAAUAGCGGUGACUCUGUAGUUCCAGCAGGCACAUCGCUUACCAAUGCCAAGAUGUGUAGGACUCUGAAAAACAAGAUUCUGUGGCUACACUGUACUGAAUGAAAUUAAAGAGACUUCUUUUGCAUGGACACAGAUUAGCUGAAUAUUUAAAUUGUUUUCUUGGGGCUGCAACUUGCAAAAAAUAAAAAUAAAAAUCAGCCAUUUUCAACAAUUUAUAUUAUUUUUAAAAAUAAAUUUCACUAGUGCAUGGUUUUAAAAAGGGGAGAGAAUGCAACAGGGUGAUACAAAGACACACCAUGUUUAUUCUUUAAACUAAUCACAGUCUGUGUUUUGGCAGACAUGACGAAUGAAAACCCUUUCUAGAAGAUACUUCAAAUUCUCUUUAUGUGACAAAUACGUAUAAUACAUUCAAUUUAGUUCCAUGUUAAAUAUACAAAUCUCAUAAAGUUCCAUAUUUUGUGCAAAUUGUUCACAUCUCUCUUCCUUUUCUCUGUCUCAGCUUUCCUCUUUGCCUUCUUUUAAUCUUUUAUUUUACUUCUCCCCAGCAGAGUGAACAUUAUACUAAAAAAAUUACAAAUUUUUGACCUGAUAUUCUCUUAUACCCCCUGAAUGCGCCUGAAUUUCUGAAUUUCUCAAGGGAAAAAAAAAUGAAACGAUUUAAGAGCUUUCUUUAUUUCAAGCAUGUUGAAAAGGAUUUUGCAACAUGACUUGGGAGUACAUUAAAGUAAGUCAGCAUGUAUUUGAUGAAGAAGAUAUUUGAACUUUUUCGAUUUAUUGUACAGUGCAUGGUAAUUUUUUUUUCACCUUCAAAAUUCAGUUCUAUAGGAAAAUUCUAAAAUCAUGUGGCCAUUGUAAUGUCUGAUAAGUUUGUUUUUAGCACCAGCAUUAUUCAUACAGGCGUUAAAGUAUUAUUUCUAGAAGGUCUUAGGUUUUGUUUUUAAUUAAUUAAAGCAAUUUCUUUAGCCGAUUUCCAUUUACUAUGUGAAUAGAAACUGCUAAAAAUUUGGAACCCUGAAACACGGGGUUGUUUAUUCAUUUUUCUGUAGUAAAUUCAAUUUUUCACAAAUUAUAUUUCUAAAGAAAUACAGUAAACAUAAAUUUGCAACAAUUUUAAAGCUCCAGUUUUUAGAUGACUAAGGGGAGGUCAAUAUGCCUAUUAAUAGUUCUUUGAUGCCAUCGCCAACAGUCUCCAAGCCGCUCCCCUAAUGUCAGAAACCCCUGCCUUUGGUUUUACCGACAGUUGUUACCAUUGGGUGGUGCUGCAAGGUCAGAGUUCUCUUACAUUCCCCUACUUAGAAGAAAAGUCACUGGCUGAUGUAAUAGACCGCCCACACGUUCUGGAUCUUUAUGUACACUUUAAUAACACUGUCUUAUCGAUUGAUUUUAAUUUCUUGCGGUAACUUUUGAAAUCCACACACCUUCUGCUUAACUUUAAAUUAAGGCCAUGCAUAAAUAUUGUUUUCUUUGAUGUUUUGGAAGAUUCAGUGCUGACCAUUAAAAACUGUCAUGCUUGAUAUGAUAUGGUGCAAAAGUUAAAAUGAGUACCACUAAAAAUGCCUUUUCUUUAUGUGGUGCAAUAUGAAAUACACCGAGAGUAUGUCUUGACAUUCUGAGAUCUAUGAUGGACCCAGGUAAAGUUGUUAAAAGAACGAAUAAAACUUUAUUGAAAUAAUUUAGACACCUGUGUACCAGCAACAAUUGAUUUAAUAGACUUAUAGUGUCUAUACUAUCCCUUAGAAUAAAUGUUUACCAUUUUCCUGAUACUAAGAUGCAGUCACAUAAUCUUUUGUGCAUAUUCCUAUAUAAAUUAUUUCUAAUUUUAAUAAGAAGGAUAUGACCGUACGGAAUCUUUGUACAUACUCAUCAUUAUGUAGUAUUUAUUUAAAAGUUGGUGUAUUUUUUUUUUUUUUAAUUUUCACGUCUGCACCUCAACUUGUGGUUUCGUCAUGUAAAUAGCACUAAUCCAGUGACCAUUGCUGCCCUGUACAUAAUAUGUUUUAAAAGUAAAGGGAAUUCCAGUUGGAAAAAAAAAAGGGGCAGAUUAGUCCUGUAACAAACACCAACUAAUGUAAAUCAAAUGCAUUCUGGUGAUGGUAUUUAACACUUGAAAUAAAACUUUUUCUUUACAGACGUUGUAUGUAGUGCUUUCUCUGACAUCUCUUCUC